UAUUUGGAAAAAUUACCAUAACAACAACGACACCAAUUCUCGCCAUGAAAACUUGAAUGAAACGCAAUUCUCAAUGAAUCACAUUGUAAUCCUCAGCUAGGUAAUCAACGCACAGAGGAAUAUUUCGCUAAAAUGAAGGAUCGAAAAAGAGCACUUCGCAAAAAACACAUUCUACACUUGAUGGAAACUUUCUUAAUAGAUAAUGGGUAUAAAGAAACUGCCCAAUGUUUACGAUCCGAAGCCAGACUAGCUAAAGAUUACAUUGUCUGCGACAAUAUCAAUUUGGAAACUAUUGUGAUCGAAUUCGAGACCUUUUACUAUCACAGAUUUCAAACAUAUCCACAGCUGUGUAAAAGAACAGAGCCCAAAGAGGUGAAUUCAUCGCCUGCGAAUCAGUCACCAGUUAAAAAACAGCUAAGAAAAACACAUCAAUUAAAACAACGCCACGGAGCAGAAUUAGAUUUCAUGAUAUGCAACACUUUUCCUCCACCAUCUACGAUGAAUUCUUUGGAAAAAGUGGCGUAUUUCCAGCGAGAAGGCGAUGAUUUUAGGGUACUUGAUGAAACAUGCGAAUUCAGCGAUAUCGUUAAAGACAUCUGUAUCGAGCCCGCAGCUACCCGCUGGGAUGAAAUUAUUGGACUGGAUGAUGUUAAAGAGGUACUGAAGGAAGCCAUAAUCUACCCCAUUAAAUACCCGCAUUUAUUUACCGGUAUUAUAGAACCUUGGAAAGGAGUCUUGCUCUAUGGACCUCCAGGAACAGGUAAAACAUCAUUAGCUCGAGCUGUAGCCACUGAAAGUUCAGCCUCAUUUUACAACAUAUCUGCAAGCUCGAUAGUAAAUAAAUGGCGAGGCGAUACGGAAAAGAUAAUCAAGGUACUGUUCGAAACGGCUCAAAAUUUUGCUCCCAGUAUCAUCUUCAUCGAUGAGAUAGACGCAUUAACGAUGCGUCGCAACAGUCACGAGCACGAAGCAUCGAGACGAAUGAAAUCCGAAUUAUUUACUGGUUUGGACUCGCUGAGCAGAUGCAAACGAAAUGUAUUUUUUUUAGCCACGACGAACACGCCCUGGGAUUUGGAUGAAGCAAUGCUCCGUCGAUUUGAAAAACACGUUUUGAUUCCAGUACCUGAUUUACAAACUAGAAAAUCGCUUAUACGUUAUUAUCUGCCUAAGAUAAUCAGUCACGAUCCCGCGAUCGAAUGCGAUAUUAAUUACGAUACUUCGGCUCAGGUACGCAUUAAAUAAUUCUUCCAAACGUAAUCCGCUAAUGGAGAUAACGGUGUACUUACGGUUUGGUAGAUGGUGGAGUAUUUUUCAUGUUGCGAUGUCAAACAUUUAUGCAAAAAUUUAACGAUGAACACGAUGCGAGAGGUGUUCUAUGAACUGGAACGUAAUAAAAGUAGGUGUAAUGUCGCUAAAGUGCGAUAGUCGAACAUAUUAACAGAUUGCUUCUUUUCACGCGCAGCGAAUACGACGAACACUCGAACGAAGAAGUUGAUAAAAGAUGUUGAUUUUCAAGAAGUCCUGCGUAGUUUUCGGUCCACGGUUCGACACGUUUUGGAUAAAUACCGCAAAUGGGAGUCUGAACGAAAACAUUCGUAGAUAAGAAAUGCGAUAAGUUGUAGAAAAAAAGCUGUAUUUGCAGAAGAAAAUUUAACAAUACCUCUUA